GAGAGAGAGAGAGGGAGAGAGAGCGACAUAUACAGUCGGGGCGUCUCGGCGAGCGUCAGUUGUUUUCAGAAGCAGCUGAGAAAGAGUAGAGGUGACUAACACCAACACUCUCCUUCUCUUUGGUGCCAGAAGAAGUGAAGAGGCAACAUGGUUCGGUGGUUUCACAGAGACAUCACAGGCCUGCAGGCUGAGGAAAUACUGAAGACUCGAGGCAUUGCUGGCAGCUUUUUAGCUCGACCCAGCAAGAAAAAUGUAGGAGAUUUCUCCCUGUCUGUCAGAGUGGGCGACAUGGUCACCCACAUCCGGAUCCAAAACACAGGAGACUACUACGACCUGUACGGCGGAGAGAAGUUUGCCACGCUGUCGGAGCUGGUGGAGUACUACACAGCGGAGAACGGCAUCCUGCAGGACAGAGAUGGCACCGUCAUCGAGCUCAAGUACCCCCUGAACUGCUCCGACCCCACCACAGAGAGGUGGUACCACGGCCAUCUGUCUGGCCCCAACGCAGAGAAGCUGCUCUUGGCACGGGACGAGCCUGACACCUUCCUGGUCAGAGAGUCGCUGUCAAAACCCGGAGACUUUGUCCUGUCAGUUCUGACGAACGAGAGGAGCAAAACUGGAACAAAGAGGGUCUCGCACAUCAAGAUAAUGUGUCAGAAUGACCGGUAUACAGUGGGAGGCUCGGAGACGUUCGACACGCUGACAGACUUGGUGGAGUACUACAAGCGUAAAGGCAUCGAGGAGAUGUCAGGCAACUGGGUGUACUUCAAACAGCCGUAUUACUCCACCAGAGUGAACGCAGGAGACAUCAACAGCAGAGUGAAACAGCUGGACCAGGCUGCGCAGCAGCGGCAGGAGGCCGACGGAGAGAAGAGCAAGGCGGGCUUCUGGGAAGAGUUUGAUGCUCUUCAAAAGUUGGAGGCAAAGGUGAAGAAGAGCAGAGAAGAGGGCCAGAGGCCGGAAAAUAAGAGCAAAAACAGAUACAAGAAUAUUCUUCCCUUCAAUGACACCAGAGUCAUCCUGCAGAACGCUGAUCCUGACGUUGUGGGUUCAGAUUACAUCAACGCCAACUAUGUUCGAAACACCCUGUUUGAGUCCGGAAAUCAGAAAGUUUACAUUGCCACCCAGGGGUGUCUAGCAACAACUAUCAACGAUUUUUGGCAGAUGGUAUGGCAGGAAAACACGAGGGUGAUCGUCAUGACAACAAGGGAGGUUGAGAAAGGGCGGAAUAAAUGCGUGCCAUACUGGCCGGACAUUCAUAGCUCCAAGGAGGUGGGUUCAUACGUGGUGACCGCGACGUCAGAGAGGGAAGCUGCCGAUUACAAAGUUCGAAUUCUGGAGAUCGCUCCUCUGAACAAGUCAGAAGAUUGCCGCACCAUAUGGCACUACCAGUACUUGAGCUGGCCUGACCACGGCGUCCCUCAGGAGCCAGGUGGUGUCCUCAGCUUCCUGUCUCAAGUGAACACUAAACAUAAUGAAUAUCCUGAUGCUGGACCCAUGAUCAUCCACUGCAGUGCUGGAAUUGGUCGAACGGGAACGAUUGUGGUGAUUGACAUGAUCAUCGAGACCAUCGAGACUAUGGGUCUGGACUGCGAUAUUGACAUUUGGAAAUACAUCCAGAUGGUGCGAGAGCAGCGCUCUGGCAUGGUGCAGACAGAGGCCCAGUACAAGUUCAUCUAUCUGGCUGUGGCUGAGUACAUAGAGACCACCAAGGCCAAAGACUUCGCCUACAUGGAAACUGAGACAGCGUACGGAAAUCUGCAACUCAAACACCAACCAGCGAGCAGGAAGGUCUCAAAAAACAAGGAGGAUGUUUACGAGAAUCUGUCAAAAGUAAAGAAAGAUGUGAAGAAGCAGAAGCCCGACAAGAAAAGUGGCUCAGUGAAGAAAAGAUAGAAGAGUCGGAGCAAAUUUUUACCAAAGUAUAUGUGAUGUUGUUAUAUUUAUGCAGGCACUCUUUUGUUAAACGAGUUGUAUUUUAGUGGAUACUUUAUGCAAAAUAAAAGAUUAAGUUGUAAAAUCAGAGACAAGAUAACCCUUCGUCAUCUGGUAUGUCACGCGGAUGCUUGGUCGAUGCGUUUGUUGAAAAUAAAGCGAGAACAUUUGUAGACACUU